GUGUCACAUGACCAGUGCACAGCUGAGGGAUGCUGAGGUAGUUUUGCCAGUUGCAAGCCUGUUAGCCACGUUAGCAGUGCCUAGAAAUCCUGGCAGAAACAGCCGUUUCUUCCCACCUUUCCGAACUAAAUCACCCGAGGAAGAUAUACUACGCGCCAUGGAGAGGACACAGCGCAUGUGUUCGUCUUUCGCAUCCCCUGAUAUCAUCAACUUUUGGUUGGAUGUCAAUGUCAUAAUUUGUAGCUAGGGCUAUUCUGUUAGCUCAGCUAGCCUGUGUUUGGUUAACGCAGGGCCAAGGCCAAGGCCAGCCGAGAAAAAAGAGGCCGUUGGGCAUUUGCUCUGUAGGUGGACAGCAGAGGAGAGGAGAGGCAAGGUGUAGGACACCAGGUUUUGGAUCUGAACCUCUUCUGAAGUCGCCUCCACCAUCAUCUUAGUCACUGUCAACCUCAGCUGAGGCAUGUCUUCAUCAGGGUGCUGCCACCUACCCGGCUCCCUUUGUGAUUACUCUGGAAACGCAGAAUCUGAUGCCUCCAAGGAUUCGGAGGAGUCAGAUUCUACUGCGCAGGCCCAUUACAUUGCCAAGGUUACGGCUAAAGAUGGCCGCCCACUCUCCACCGUUGUCAAAGCUGUGAGCUUGCAGAGUGAUGUGGGCAUGUGCCGGAUUUGUCAUGAAGGAGCCGGAGGAGAGACGCUGCUCUCACCCUGCGACUGCACUGGUACACUGGGUAAAGUGCACAAGAGCUGCUUGGAGAAGUGGCUGUCCUCCUCCAACACCAGCUACUGUGAACUCUGUCACACAGAAUUCACCAUUGAACGACGACCACAACCACUCACACAGUGGCUGAAGGACCCAGGCCCUCGCAGUGAGAAGCGCACACUGCUGUGCGACAUGGCCUGCUUCCUUCUCAUCACGCCCCUGGCUGCCAUCUCCGGCUGGCUGUGUCUGAGGGGAGCCCAGGACCACCUGCAGCUGAAGAGCAGACUCGAGGCUGUUGGCCUCAUCGCCCUCACCAUCGCCCUCUUCACCAUCUACAUCCUCUGGACACUGGUGUCAUUUCGGUAUCACUGUCAGUUGUACUCAGAGUGGAGGAGGACCAAUCAGAAAGUGCGCCUGCUCAUGCCCGACAUGAAAGGGGCGCACACCACCCAACGUUCUGUGCCGACCAAGUCGACCAAGAAAAUGACUGAUGAGACCAUCGUAUGAGUGCAGAGUGGUGCCAAGAGGAAUAAUUAAAAGAAAGCCCACUGAAGUACUCUCUAAAAAAUAACAAAAAACAAAAUUAAUCAUGUUAAUGAACUUUUGCACUUCAUAUGGACCAUGGAGAGAACUUCUUAAUCUCUCUGUUUUCUUUUGUUGAAGCACUUCAUGUAAACUACUACGGUAUUGGCCGACCGCAUAAAGUGGUUUUGGCAAGAACUCAUUCCGGAGUCAUAGCUGAUGUUGAAACACAGAGUUGUCACCGGACAGACAGUGCUGGGAUGUGAAUGACAUGAGCACAUGGACAAUGGACUAACCAGCCCAACUGUAUGUUCGUGACACAAACGUCUGAAAUACUAAGACACAUGCUAAUGUAGCAGGAUAUAACUCAUUCAGCAUGCUACUACAGUAUAAUAUGAAACAUAUUCACUACCUAUAAUUCCCCCAUGCCCCUUCACAAUGUAUUUAGCUGUUUUUGAACAACGGGCAGCCAGUAGCCCGGCAGAGGGUAAUUAUCUAAAAACAUGAUUGACAGAGUCUAUCUGUGAAUAGUCAUUCUCAACAAGGAAAGGGCGACAGUCGCUCAUACCAGUUGCUGUCUGAACAGUGAAAAUGAAAUCCUUUUCCCGUUUAGACACUCACAUAUUUAUCUCACUUGUCACAGGGUCAGUUAAAAUUGUUGUAUAUGGGGUUGCACUACCUGCAGCCGUUAAACGGCAAUGCAGUACUGCAUAAGGAAAUAGUAUUGAAGCUAUGAAAAAUUGUUUACAUUCUAAUUGGAUGACGUCUCUUCUAUUUUCAUAGAAGUGCAUUAGCAGACGGCCCUGAUCCACUUGUAAAUGCACCAUUCAUCAAUUGAGCAGCCUAGCAAUGACCAGUAGCUAACUCCUACAUCACAAGAGAUGCAAUUCUAAAUAGAAGAGAUGCCAGUGUUCUGAAUAGUGACAUUACAGACUUUUUGUCCUAUAUAGAAUCACAGAGAUGUACCAGAGCAGGCUGGUACUCCGUAACGGUGCAAAAGAGAAACGUGUUCUGAGAUGUCAAUCAGUGUAUGCAGCAUACUGAACAAGGUAUUUUGUGUUAUUGUAGUCUUCCUGCUGCAUCCCAUGGAAAGUUGGGUUAUUGUGCAAUAAAACAAGAGGGACUCCUGGACAAAAUCA